AUGAAGCGCAUGAAAUUAAUUCUCCAGAAGGCACUUGACGUGUCAGUUCACAAUGCUUCGCUCGUGGACUUGCGUGCGUGUCUGGAGAGCGAAUGUCGAGGGGAUGAGGAGUUAUUGGCUGCUUUCUUCCCGCCUCUUGCACCCGAGAGCCCGGAGCACCACAAUACCGAAGAAGUGGCAGCACAGGCAGUGCUUAGCUUGCGACAGAAAGUGGAGACGGUAUUUGAGUGGCUCUGUGAGACCAACGACGUGGACGCGGAGCUGCUGGAGCUCGAAGACGUCAUCAAACAAGCCGAACAUCGACGACUGCACCAAACAUCACCUGAAGCUCGUGUUCGAGUUGAAAGGCUGCGUGCCAAGCAGGAAGAGAAAAAGGAGCUGGAGGCUCUUGUGGAGGCGCUAGAAGCCAAAACCAAGGAGCUACAAAGAGAAGUGGAGGAGAAACGACGUUUAGCUACUGCAGACGUGCAGCGGAUGCAGCGAACAGCCAUCCAAUUGGAGGAGGCAAGCGACCUCGCAAAGAACUAUGCCACUGCUCCCUAG